GACUGUCUUCCUCAUUGGCGCCGCGCGGAGAGGCGGAAUGUUCAACUCCUGACUCGGGCGGAAGCGUGGGAGCCGCGCCGGCCGCUGUCCUCGCGACCCCCCGCCGCCGCCGCCGCCGCCCUCCUUGUGUGCGGGGCUUCGGCGCCCCCGGCUGCCGCUCGCGCCCGGCGCGGGAGCCAGAUUUCGUGGAAGUAUAAUACUUUGUCAUUAUGAGAUGUCGUCUCUCGGUGCCUCCUUUGUGCAAAUUAAAUUUGAUGACUUGCAGUUUUUUGAAAACUGCGGUGGAGGAAGUUUUGGGAGUGUUUAUCGAGCCAAAUGGAUAUCACAGGACAAGGAGGUGGCUGUAAAGAAGCUACUCAAAAUAGAGAAAGAGGCAGAAAUACUCAGUGUCCUCAGUCACAGAAACAUCAUCCAGUUUUAUGGAGUAAUUCUUGAGCCUCCCAACUAUGGUAUCGUCACAGAAUACGCUUCUCUGGGAUCACUCUAUGAUUACAUUAACAGUAACAGAAGUGAAGAGAUGGAUAUGGAUCACAUUAUGACCUGGGCCACUGAUGUAGCCAAAGGAAUGCACUAUUUACAUAUGGAGGCUCCUGUCAAGGUGAUUCACAGAGAUCUCAAGUCAAGAAAUGUUGUUAUAGCUGCUGAUGGAGUAUUGAAGAUCUGCGACUUUGGUGCCUCUCGGUUCCAUAACCAUACAACACACAUGUCCUUGGUUGGAACUUUCCCGUGGAUGGCUCCAGAAGUUAUCCAAAGUCUCCCUGUGUCUGAAACUUGCGACACAUAUUCCUAUGGUGUGGUUCUCUGGGAGAUGCUAACAAGGGAGGUCCCCUUUAAAGGUUUGGAAGGAUUACAAGUAGCUUGGCUUGUAGUGGAAAAAAACGAGAGAUUAACCAUUCCAAGCAGUUGCCCCAGAAGUUUUGCUGAACUGUUACAUCAGUGCUGGGAAGCUGAUGCCAAGAAACGGCCAUCAUUCAAGCAAAUCAUUUCAAUUCUGGAGUCUAUGUCAAAUGACACAAGCCUUCCUGACCAGUGUAACUCAUUCCUGCACAACAAGGCAGAGUGGAGGUGUGAGAUCGAGGCAACUCUGGAGAGGCUAAAGAAACUAGAGCGCGAUCUCAGCUUUAAAGAGCAGGAGCUAAAAGAACGAGAAAGACGUUUAAAGAUGUGGGAGCAAAAGCUGACAGAGCAGUCCAACACCCCGCUUCUCUUGCCUCUUGCUGCAAGAAUGUCUGAGGAGUCUUACUUUGAAUCUAAAACAGAGGAGUCAAACAGUGCAGAGAUGUCAUGUCAGAUCACAGCAGCAAGUAAUGGGGAGGGCCAUGGCAUGAACCCAAGUCUACAGGCCAUGAUGCUGAUGGGCUUUGGGGAUAUCUUCUCAAUGAACAAAGCAGGAGCUGUGAUGCAUUCUGGGAUGCAGAUAAACAUGCAAGCCAAGCAGAAUUCUUCCAAAACCACAUCUAAGAGAAGGGGGAAGAAAGUCAACAUGGCCCUGGGGUUCAGUGAUUUUGACUUGUCAGAAGGUGACGAUGAUGAUGAUGAUGACGGUGAGGAGGAGGAUAAUGACAUGGAGAGUAAUAGUGAAUGAAUGCAGAAAGCAAAGUAAUAAAAUUGAAAAUGUGUGCAAAAACAAAAGUAAUUUGUUAUUUCUGUCUGUACAAAAAGCCAGUAAGGAGGCAGAAACCAAGCACUACAGCUUUAGGCCAAUCACAUUUACAAGACAGUAAUUUCUUUGUCAAUUUUACUUUUGAUUUAUUUUGCUUACAGAAAAAUGGGGGGAAAAUUAAGCCAAAAAAGUGUAUUUACAAAUCAGCAAAUGUGGUGCCUGAUUAUAGAAAUUUGUGAUUCUAUAUACAAUAUUGUAUUUUUUAACUAAUGACAUUCUGGCUUUUUCUUUUUUAUAGUUUGUAUUGGACUUUGUUUCAUUUCCUUUAUUCAGUUGGUUAAGAAAACUUACAUUUUGAACAAGCACUCUUAAUUCCUAACUCUUUGACACUUGAUUCUUCUGUAACAUACAUUUCUUUUCCUUAUGGCAAUACAUUGUAAUGUCAGAAAUGAGUGAUACUGACUACAAAAUUCAACCACAAAAAUACCGAGAUGAAAGAAAAUUAUAACAAAAUGCUCUUUAGAAAUACCUAAAUGCUGAGAAUUUUUAAUACUAAAUAGCACAACUACUCAAAGUAAAACCUUGAGUUCUCAGCAGUGUAUUUGAAGGAGAAAUAUUCUAAUUUGAAACCAACAGCAGAUGUUGCAGGCUUUCAUACCAGUGCUGGCCCUGGAAGCUUCUUAGCAAUAACGCACAGUCAUUUAAGACUUAACCUGUACUUUAUACAAAGAGAAAGAUACGGUAUUAAAGGGACACUCGCGGGCAUGUGAGUGCUGGGUACAUGCCUGCCCUGUACUUCCAGUAAGGGGUUUGUUUUGGUUGGUUGGUUGUGUUCCAGAGGGGCAUAAUAAUCCUGGAUUCUAAAUAUAUGUGUAGAUAUUUUAAAGAGGAAAUUAAAUAUAAUUAAAGCAAUAGUAAAGAUAAGUUAUGCUCACAUAGGCAAAAGCACAGGCUGAAAGGUCAUUUCUAUAUCAAAUCUAGCCUUCCAGAGUUGCCUUUUUUGUUUAAACCAGGCUUAGUGAUGCUGGUGUUUUCAAGAAGUAUGCGAUAGAUACAGGUACUGCUCUGAAAACCUGGCUAGCCAGAGAUACUCUCAGAAUGUUGCCACAUGUUUGUCAAAGCUCGUUUGAGUUAUGUAACACACUUACAUAAAGAAAGGCUAAAGAACAAAGACUUUUUUUUCAGUCUAAAUUAGAAAGCGGUGUUAUUGAUUUGCCUAUUAAACUAAAAUACUUUUGGUGGUUCUUUUUAUGGAUGUGUUAAGAAGGACAUCAUCACAGAUAUUAUCUAAUACUAUUUCUAACUAUAUUUGAUCAUAAAAAGCCUCUUGGAAUUGGAAGCGUGACAUGCUUCUAAUCCCUAUUGCAAGCUGAAAAGUACCGCAAAAUGAUCAGUAUGUCGUGCCAGCUUUAUUUGGAGAGAAAUAAUUGAUGGGAUGUUCUGGAUGUGAGGUGUAAAUCAGUCUAUAUAGCAUAGUGAUCAAGAGGGAUCUGGAAUCUGAUCAUGAUUCAGAACCCCAGGCCUACGUGCUCUACAUCUUGGGCAAAUUAUUUAAUCUCUGUGUGUCUGUUUGCUCAUCUUUAACAUGGAAAUAAUGCCAGUACCUACUCGAAAGGAUUAUUGUGAGGAUUAAAAGAAAUAAUAAAUGUAAAGCACUUAACACAGCACCAAGUCCAUGGUAAGUGGCCAGUUAAUGUUAGCUCCUAUUAAUUGUGCCACUGAAAAGACACUGAAAAAUAAGUGGUUUCAGUAACUUUUGGGAGAACUAAGCUAUCGAUUUCAAAUGAUUUUUGCUUAGAAGUAUGAGAUGAAAUUAAAAGUGGAUAGCUUUCAGGAAAGAUAAAGAGAACAUUCUUAGAAUGCAAGCUAUACAAAUAGAUAUAUUCUGUUGCUCUUUGAAAACCAUUAGCCCUGGUCAGGUUACCUGCUCUGAGGUGUUUGCAGGCAGUGCCACCACCCACAGACUAAGUAAACACAGAAAGAGUAGGUAAACCUUUCCCUGGAAGUUGGGCUCCACAGAGACCUACUCUGCUACAGUUUCUCUGUGCACACAUGGUUACAGAUGCAUGCACAUGUGAAUAGGCAGCUUAUCCAUGCUCAGACAUAGAAAAGUACUCCAUGGCUCAAGUCAAGCCACUCCAGCAGAAAAUUGUGGAGUGGAACAGAAGGGACCGCUUGCAACUCUUGUCUUCCCAGUGUGCCCUGGGGCACUGUGGUCAAGCCUCUUAAAGGAAAGAGCCAAAGGCAUGGAGUUUAAAAGCCUCCUGCACAUCUUCUCUUUCAAAGAUACAGUCAUUCAUUCAACACAUUUCAUUGAGGUUUUUAAAGCAUGGUCAGGAGCAAAGCUGAGAAAGGUGAGGUGAUCUCUGUGGGCUAAUUUUGGGAUCUGUGCACUUUAUGUAAGAAAGUAAACCUUAUUUAAGAAUAAUCUACAAUAAAUUUAGAACAUAUGAACUGAAUGAAACUGACAGUUGUUUCUUAAUUUACAUAUAAAUCCAUAUGAUUAUACAUAAAGUUUUGAUGCAUUAAUAAAAGCAACCAAAUAGGGCCAAAGAGAAAAGUAUUUAAUAACAGGAUUUUAUACCCAGACUACAUUUACCAUUUAUUAGGCAGCAUUUCCCUCGCCUGUUAACUGCUGCCAUUUUCCCACAAGCAUUUCAGAGAUGGUCAUAGCUCAAAACUCUACCAUCAAGAAACUACGAGGCUUUAGGAUAUGGCAGAAUUGGCCUCAGUAAGCAGUUUGAAAUUGUUCUCCACCUAGAACUGGACUGUAGAUCAUCACCAGGUGGCAUUGUCUAUUUUACUUUCUGUUCCAAAUCAGCAUCCUUCUAGUUGUCUGAAAAUAUUAAAAUAUCCCUGAAACCUGGAUCAUGUAAACAGAGUUUUGAGAGUCAUGCAACUGGAAAUGUAUUACCUUUACUCAUAAAAUGGAUCCUGUAGAUUUUGAUGAGCCCCUACUAGUGGUUCUCAGCUUGGGCAGUGCUGUCAUCUGAUGGUGUUAGGAGCACUGGGGCAUAUUUUUGGUUGUCAUGGUGACUAGGACAACAUUUGGUACCUUGUGCCAGGAAUGGUAACAUCCAGCCUACCAGAGACAGUCCCCUCAGUGAAGACUCCCAUUCAGAAUACCAAUAGCAUUGUCCCUUCCCCAUUGUUAAACCUGGCAGUUUCAGAGUGUCACAUCUAAUUGUUUUUCCUCCAAACAAAAUUACCCAAGUCAAAAAAUGCAGUUUUAGAAUUACAACAACUACACAAUCUGAAUUUUGUGAGUUUGUGGCCUUAUCUUAAAUCACCAUUUGUGGAAAUGGUUUCUUUCACCUGAAGAAUGCUGGUGGAAACUUUCCGAAAUAGAUAAAUUCACCUGGGCAGGUCAUUCUCCUGUUACACCAAUUCCUCAAUUAAAAAAACAAAAAACAAACAAACAAAAAAAACCAAGAAAUAUCUUGUUGAGGUAGCUACAAGUCUGCAAAGUAGCCAGGUUAAUGAAAAAGGCCUCUUUUCCUUCCAUUUUUUUAAGCAAAAUCACAUUUUAAUAUUUUACAUAAAUAACCAACAAGAAGAUGUUGAAGGCACAUCGCUUGCUAUUUUUAAUGCUCUGGAAAUGUUGAGGGCAGGUUUUAGCCAGUGAUUUUUAAAAUGCAAUGGACUUGUCAGACUUUAACACUAGUUGAGGUAUUCAGACCUUAAUGAUCCCCAUUAAAAAUCAAGGAACUGGGGAUGGAGGAGGCUUUAGGAAAGAUCCAGAAUGACUUCUCAUAGCACUACUGUGUACAUACUUUAUUUUUCAGAGUUUUCAUUAGGGUAGUAGGAGUUUUAUGUAAGACAAUUUUAAAACUUAUGCUGAGUUAAAUAUUGAUUUUUUAAAAAUAUGUUACACUAGACUUGUUGCAGCCUUUUGAAAGUAGCAGUCUCACCAUAGUCUCACCACGUAUAUAAUAGAGCAUAAUUUUUCUAUAAUCAGGCACCUUUUGCUGCUUUUGAAUAAGACUGUUUUCCUGUUUAGAUUUUAAGCAUUGCCAGAGAGAAGAAUCUGUUCUAUUCUUUCAAUUGUAGCAUAGCCUGACUGCUCUAGAUGCAGCAUUUUUGUGAUUAAAAAAAUGAGUGUCUAUCAAGAAAUCUAGAGGACUAGCCCUGUUUCCUCAGACUCCAACUUCGCUUGCACUCAAACAAAGUGCAAACCGUUGAGGAGCUUUCUGGCAUGUGAUUAUUUACUUGAGAACUAGAGUUUCAAGCACCUACAUUAAUUAUUUUAUAUCGUGUGCAGAAUAGUAUAUCUUUUAAUGUCAGAUACGAUACACUGCACAUACUGCUUUUGUGCUCUUUUAAAUUUUUUGUACUAAAUAAUAGAAAAUAUUUAUAAUCUUUGAGUGUGAGCUUUGAAUAGAUAACAUUAUCACUUUUUUUUAACGAAAACUUUUUCUCAGUUACUCUAUUGCAAUGUUAUUCUGAGCAAGUCCUAUGCCAAGUAUCUUGUAUAAUGUUUGUAUGGAAGAUUAAAUUUUACUCUUGUGUGGUCAGACUAUUCAGUUACUGAUUUUAUAGUUGGAAUUUGAUAUUCCAGCACAAAGUCCACAAUGUAUUCAGAAAUCCAAGUUGGUGUCAUACAUUUCAUUUUGAUGUGAACUUUUCUUUGCUUUCCUUUGUUCUAAGACUCCAUUUUGCAAUAAACGUUUUGACAGUAAA